AGCGUGGCGGUGUCUCUCGAGGGUGGUCGUCGUCGUCGACUUCGUGGCAGAUCUCGCAGUUCGGGCGAUUCCAGAGAGCAUCCAGAGCCUCGCCCGUGCUGCAAGGAGUUGUCGUCGAAGGUGGCGGAAGAAGAGCACAUGACAGUUGCUUAGAUCGUGAUUGCGUCCGGUUGGUAUGCGCGUCGGCGGAGGGAAUUUACUGCUGUUGGUCAAGUUAGGGUUUCGUUUUGCCUUGAGUUUUUAUAAUCCAGAUAUCUUGUACUUCUAUUAGCGAACCUUUUAGGUUCCUUGAAUAGGAUUGAGAUGAGGAAAGAAAAAUGGCAAGUGAUCAAGAAUCUAGAUGCUUUCCCUCGUGCCGAGGAGCAUUUGUUGCAAAAGACUUCUUCUGGUGCUGCUGUCUCGGCAAUAGGACUGUUUAUUAUGGGCGUUCUCUUUUUUCACGAGCUUCGUUUUUACCUAGAAACUGUCACCGUGCACGAGAUGUCGGUGGAUGUUAAGCGCGGGGAAAAACUGCCGAUUCAUAUUAAUAUGACCUUUCCGGCUUUGCCAUGCGAAGUUCUGAGUUUGGAUGCAAUAGACAUGUCCGGCAAGCAUGAAGUAGAUCUUGACACCAACAUUUGGAAACUGCGUAUCCAUAGAGAUGGUUACGUACUUGGUUCAGAGUUUGUCAACGAUCUUGUCGAAGGAGAACACAGAAAGGAGGAGCCCAAGGCUGAUAAAAAAGACGAACACAAAGAUGGAGACCAUCGGAAAGUAGAGGCACACGGAGCUUCAGGGAGUCAUGGACAUGAGCAUGGUGAACACGGGCUCCAUGGUGGAUUGGCCAUGCCUGUUCACAGUCAUCAUUCUCAGAAAGAUCCUCAGAAGGUGAUCAAUGAGGUCAAGAAGGCGAUUGACGAUGGAGAGGGGUGUCAGAUUUUUGGUGUGCUUGACGUGGAGCGUGUUGCAGGAAAUUUUCAUAUUUCCAUGCAUGGCCUGAGCCUUUACGUAGCCUCUAAGAUUUUUGAGGCAGGGUAUGAGGUGAAUGUCAGUCAUGUCAUUCAUGACCUUUCCUUUGGGCCAACUUAUCCAGGUCAUCAUAACCCGCUUGAUGGAAGUGAGCGCAUCCUUCAUGACACUAGCGGUACUUUUAAAUACUUUUUAAAGAUCGUGCCUACUGAGUAUCAUUAUUUACAUGGAGAGGUGAUGCCAACAAAUCAGUUCUCUGUGACCGAGUACUACCAGCGUACGAAACCUUCCGACCGGUCUUAUCCAGCUGUCUACUUUGUGUACGACUUGUCUCCGAUUGUAGUCACUAUCAGGGAACACAGACGCAAUUUUGGCCAUUUUAUUACUCGCCUUUGCGCUGUUCUUGGUGGAACCUUUGCAGUUACAGGAAUGUUGGAUAGAUGGAUGUCUAGGAUAAUCGAUUUUGUGAUGAGCACAUCAAAGCAGGGCUUCCUGUAAGCUUCUAAAUGUUGAUAGAUAAGAUGCGUGUUUACAUCAUAGUCCUUUUCAACCUGUACCGUAGCAUAAAGAUUGAUAGAAUGUAGGCAGCAGCAAUCAGCAUCAGUGAGGUCCUCCAUGGCUUGUGGCUUUGUUCGCCAUCGCAAGCCUUGUACAUGCUUCGGCUUGACAUUUGCAACUAAGGUCUAUGGCAAUAGCUGAAGCCUCUUCCUUGUUAUACUCGAAUUAAAAUGAUCCAAGGGGCAGGUUCCUGUGGCACGAUCGAAUCUCCUGA